CGAUCGAUGCAAUGCCAGCACAAAAAUACUAGUCGUCCCGCUCGCACUGUAGGCAAAUGUCAAAGUCUGUUCAGUAGCAAAACAGAAUUGUGGCCGAGAAAAGGCCGAAUCACCGACAAAAUUAGCCAUUAGCAGGUCUUACGUAUAGAUUAGCCCAACAAAACGACAUAACGAAUCCGUGUGUUUCUCAAUGGAGUCGACCAAGGAUUUUGUACGGGCCAAGUACCAGGACUUAUGUAACUUCCUGGAGCGGGACACUCUCGGCAGCGAGGUGGCUAUCUACGGAACUUCAGCUCUAAUGCUGGCCGUGGCCUAUGCGAAAAGGAAACCCGCCUAUCUGGUGCGCCAGUUCAAGCAGCCCUCCCACAUCCCGGAGCGCUUAAUCAGCGAGCGUGUCAUGCACACGGGUAGAAUCGCUGGAAUCAAGCAGCAGGAGCAGGACACUUUGCUGAUGAUCCAGCACAAGCCACUGAUUCCAAUCUUCACCAGCCGCCGACGCCUGCUGCCUGUGAAGCUGCCAGGGGUGCGAGUUAAUGCCAACGGCUACUCUUGGCUGCAGCAGUGCAUCACUGGACGAGAGGCCACCUUUCUGCCCUUGAAGUCUGCCAAAGGUCAGGACUUUGUCGUCUGCCAGCUGUGCCUCGUGCAUCCGCCAAAGGGUAACCGCCUGGUGGACAUUUCGGAGACCCUGCUUAAGCUCCGAUUCGCCCGAUUCGUCCAAGAUGCUGCCUCUGGAGUGAAGAGGAACGGAAAGUACUACCAGCAUCUGAAGAAGGUGGAGCAGUCCACCGCUGGGAAGGAGGCCUGGCUGUCCUGGGCAUCUGGCUAUCCCUACAUCUGGCGGCGCUACCACGAACUCAAGCAGCGCCUGCUUCCCAAGGAGAAGCUGCUGCCGGAGCUAGUGCGCUGAUCCCGAUCUACAAGCCCUGCCUUCAACUUAGUUGUAGGAUAGCUUCCUACCAUUAACAUAGUUCUAGGGCUAGCUAGUCCCUUUAUUUAGCUUAUGUGCUUUUUGAACUGCCUUAUUUAAUUUGGAAUACCUUUAAACAGACUGCUAUACAAAUGAUUUUAAGACAAUAAAUUUAUAAUAAAUAACUCAUUAUUUGUGUAAGUUAAGCACAGAUACACAACUCCGCUCAAAAAGUACACUUGCUAUUGGGCUAGCUAGCUACUAACCAAACGAAACCAACGACAAUCGAUGCCCAGGCGGUACGUGAUCGUGUGCUAAUUUCCACACCCAGUAAAGCCAGAUGUGUGGCAUUUUUUUAAAAUGUUCAAAUAUACUAAAUGUUUUUACUAGGGAUUACAUUAGUGUGUGUGCGUGCGUGUGUAUGCAUGUUUCCCAAAUAAAACGUUAAAUAUCUUUUUACGUUUGUA